UAAUUGGUUAUCAGUGUUUUAACAAUAUAUUUUCUCGUAAAGUUGUUAAGAUUAAAAAAUCUGUUAGAAUUGUUAUCAUAUUAAUUUCUGGCUGCCGUCGACAUAACUUUUGUCUUCCAUUACAAGUUACAAAGUCGGCGUUGGAUAUCUGGCUAUAAUAUACUCCAUAUAUUAUCUUUUAAAAGAUUAUCUAUGGAUCCUAAUCCACCAAGGCAUCCUAGAGGCCGGGCUCGUGGGCAAUCACAAGUACCACCCCCUAAUCAAGGACAAUCUCGAGGACCUCGUCUUAAUCGAGGACAACCACAAGCACCUCCCCCUCAUCAAGGACUAUCUCAAGGAGCUCCUCGUAAUCGAGGACAACCACAAAGAACUCCCUCUUAUCAAGGACAACCACGAGUAGCUYCCUUUAAUCAAGGACAGCCACAACAAUUUCAAACAACGCAGGCACCGCCAUCAACGCCACGGCCAAAUAUACCAAACCAAUUCAAUCCACGACAACAAUUUAGAUCACAAAAUGUUGAACAAGUUACGAGUGGAAUAGAAAAAUUGAAAACAGAAGAUGCACUAAUUCCAAUUGGAAGAGGAGCAAUUCGUGGUCGUCAAACUUUAGAAAGUACAUAUUAUAGGAUAGAGAGACCAGCAUCAUCAACAUCCAGUACUGGAAAACAAGGGGCAGGAGGACAACCUAUUGAAUUGAUAUCAAAUUAUUUUCCAAUAAAAACUUAUACUGAUUGGAGUUUAUACCAGUAUCGAGUUGACUUUAACCCAAUACAGGACAGGAUAAACAUCCAAAGAGGGCUAUUGAGCGUGCACAAAGAUGUUUUAGGAGCAUACAUUUUUGAUGGAUCAAUGUUGUUUAGUAGCAAAAAAUAUCAACAAGACMCUAUUGAGCUGACAUCAAAAAAACAUGCUAAUGAUGAAAUGGUAAUAAUUACUAUAAAAUUUACUUCAGUCAUUGAAAAGGGCGAUCACACUUCUGUCCAAGUGUUUAAUUUAUUGUUGCGUAAAUGCCUUGCACACUUAGAACUAUCACUGGUUGGAAGAAAUUUCUACGAUGCAAAAGCUGCAAUCGAUAUUCCAAAAUAUAAUCUUCAACUUUGGCCUGGAUAUGAAACUACAAUUGGAAUGUAUGAUAGUGGACUAUUAUUGCGGGCUGAAAUUUCAACCAAAAUCAUGAGGGAAGAUACUGUGUUAGAUUUUUUAACAGAAUGUGCAAGUGAAAGACAGACAAACCCUAAUUGGAUGGUCAGUAAUUGUUAUGAUAAAAUAUUUAUAAUUUUUUCUAUAUUUAAGCAUUAAACUAAGACUUUAAGUAUUUUUUUUUUUCAGAAACAUGGAAUAAACCUUAGUGGUAUUCUUCAACCAAUGUUAGUUUCAAAGAAAAAAAAAUCUUUUAAAAUUCAAGCUGAUGAAUCCGAGUGGGUGUACUUAGUUCCUGAAUUAUGUACUAUGACUGGAUUGACUACUAAGAUGAGAGAUAAUCGUUAUCUCAUGACUGAUUUAGCAAUUUAUACAAGAUUUGGUCCCACCGAAAGAAUUGGCAGAUAUAAUAAAUUUAUGGAUCGGAUUCUUACUACACCCAAGUCUGCAGAAUCACUAACACAAUGGAAUUUAACAUUAAGUAAUAAACUCGUUACAAUACCUGGCCGUGUAUUGCCACAAGAAGUACUUCAAGUAAAUGAGCGAAAAUUUGCAACUGGUAUUGAUGCUAAUUGGACAACACAACUACGUUCAUCUUCCAUGUUUACUUGUGCUGAAAUAAAGCGUUGGGCAGUACUAUGUCCAGGAGGAAAUAGUAAUCAACUUAGACAAUUUAUCCAGACUUUACUAAAAGUUUCAAGAAACAUGUCAUUUAAUUUACCGCCACCAGAAAUAGUUGAACUACCAAAUACAAAUAUAAGAACAUAUCUAACUACAAUAGAUAAAUUAAUGAAUCAAAUGAAUCCAUCAUUUAUUUUAUGCGUAAUGACAACAAAUCGUGCAGAUAACUACAGUGCCAUUAAGAAACAUUUAUGUAUUGAUAGACCAGGUAACCAAGUUCUGAGAUUGAAACUAAGGNAUAACAAUAUGUCGGUGUGUACUAAAAUUGCCAUACAAAUUAAUUGCAAGCUAGGUGGAGCACCAUGGCGUGUUAUUAUCCCUGAAAAGAAUAUGAUGAUAGUUGGAUUUGACGUCUGCCAUGACAGUCAAAAUAAAAAUAAAUCUUAUGGUGCAUUAAUAGCCACAAUGAAUGACAGCCACACWUCUUACUUCAGUUGUGUUCAACCACAUGAGAGGGGACAGGAAAUUUCAAGCUACUUUGCACUAAGUAUUGCUAAGGCUCUAAGCAAAUAUAAACACAAAAAUAACAAACUCCCUAAUAGCAUCAUUAUAUACAGAGAUGGUGUGGGCGAUGGACAAUUAUCAUAUAUCCAUCGAACUGAAGUUGAAAUGAUAAAGCAAAGUUGUAAAGAUUUCUAUGGAGAGAAAAAAGUUGGCAUGGCAUUUAUUAUCGUUAAAAAACGAAUCAAUUCAAGAUUUUUUUGUAACAUACCAGGAAAUUAUCAAAAUCCACCACCUGGGACAGUGAUUGAUAAUACUGUCACUGAUCCAACUAUGUAUGAUUUCUACUUGGUUUCUCAACAUGUAACAAAGGGUACAGUUACACCGACUCACUACAAUGUUAUUAUUGAUACUCUCAGUGAAACUACUGUUGCUACUAUAACACCCGCAAUUUUGCAAAAACUUACCUAUAAGUUGACUCAUAUGUAUUACAAUUGGUCGGGUACCGUAAGAGUUCCUGCUCCGUGUCAACUGGCACACAAAUUAGCAUUUUUGACUGGACAAUCACUUAAAAACCCUGCAAAUUCUAGUUUAGAAGAUUUACUCUACUUUUUAUAAGAUUUUUCACUGAUCACUUAAACCAUAUAGGUAUAUUUAGAUUUUAAUACACAGUGGUUUUUUUUUUCA